GUCGCUAAACUUCGCAGUAUACAUCAUCCCUCUGGCCCUCGCGACGUUCCCUCGGCCCCAUAUUAAUUCUCACGGUGCGAUCAGCCACAGCUACUUAAGUCCUAUGACGCGCCUGUGGCUGUUGUCCAUUGGUUGUACCGGUCUCCGCUGGAUCCGCUAAAUGCUGCUCACGCCUCGCACCUACUCCCUCGCUCACAUAGCCGACGACGGCCGCAAACGCCCUGAGCCCUCGUAUUUUGUGUGUAUACAGUCGCGGAAGGAACGGGAAGCCGAGGAAAAACGCGCGCUGAAGAUGUUAUUGUUGCACCAAAAGGGGAGCGUGAAGGUGGGAGAGGUUGUGAGAUACACCCUCACUUACACACCCUCGGAAGACCGAAUAUUACCGCCCCCUUCGUGCCUCCAUGUUCGCAUACGAAACUCCUCCGCGAUACCACUACGCGCCGCAUACCUCCACGGGCCGUACACGAUCCACGUCUCCGCAUACCCCUCCACCUUCAACCCGAACAAAAAGGCUGACGAAUCGAAAAUUUACGGGGAGCCUGACUUUGAGCCUAAUGUCAAGGCAGGUGGAUACUGGAACACCAAAUUAAUAGUUCCGGAGGAAUACAGAAAUGAUAUCAGGGAGUACGACGGCACAUCGAAGAGCCUCACCUGGAUUAUCGAGAUUGCCUCGCAGAUCAUCUUUUCCAACUCUGCGUCUGUAAACUACGAACUGCUGGUGGCGCGCGACGAACGAUCGUUGGAUCUUGGCUUCACUGCUGUUACCGGAAACAGUCAUGGAACACCAGGAAAGGUGCAAGAUCACCAGCAGGGUAGCCAGAAACAUGUUUCCGGCCACCCUGCACAGCCCAAGGGGGUGUAUUCAAAGGCUGUGAAGCUAGUGGUUGACGACACUACAAGCUUGUGGAAUACACCUGAACUACCAGAGUGGAAAGAGGACAAUGUCCAAGAUAGUUCCAGAAAGUCGAAGGAUCACGAUGUUCCGGCGGAAAGCCGACGGAAAAAGAAGAAUAUACACCUUGUGAUAGUAACACAUGGCUUACACAGCAAUCUUGGCGCGGAUAUGUUGUACCUCAAAGAGAGCAUUGACGCGACGGCAAGGCAAGCUCGAGAAGAUCGGCGACGGCGUCGCAAAGAGGCGAAGGGUGCUAAAAGUACUGAACAGAAUCAGGACACAUCGACAGCACCAUUGUCAGGCGGUCAAGAGGACAUACCAGAUGAUGAAGAGGAUAGCGACGAGGAAGAUGUUAUUGUACGCGGGUUCGACGGAAAUGUAAUACGUACCGAGCGUGGUAUUCAAUAUUUGGGCAAGCGACUCGCUAAGUACGUGUUGAGUCUGACUUACCCUGAUCAACCCUACUUGCCGAUCAAGAGGUCUAUGGGACAAAAGUUAUCCAACACGUUUUCUCCAACGAAAGACAAGCACGAUGAAGGCAUACCAUCCCAUCACGGAAGCAGUGUACAUCACACAACUUCAGGGCACGACAAACGCGCAUACAAGUUCACUAGUAUCAGCUUCAUCGGCCACUCGCUUGGAGGGCUGGUACAAACGUAUGCUAUUGCAUAUAUCCACAAGCACUCCCCUCACUUUUUCGACACCAUCAAGCCCAUCAACUUUAUCGCUAUGGCGUCACCUUUCCUGGGAUUAAGCAACGAGAAUCCCACCUACGUCAAGUUUGCACUCGACUUCGGCUUAGUCGGGAGGACAGGGCAAGACCUUGGUCUGACCUGGAGAGCGCCAACUCUAGCAAAGAGUGGCUGGACCGCCAUGGGCAGUGUGUUCGGUAACCAGAGCCAGGACCAACAUCAAGAAGACCCUGGUGCGAAGCCUCUGCUGCGGAUACUUCCUACUGGUCCGGCUCAUCAAGUCCUGCGAAGAUUCCGGAAUCGCACUGUGUACUCCAACGUUGUUAACGAUGGCAUAGUACCAUUGCGCACGAGUUGCCUACUGUUCCUGGAUUGGAGAGGCUUAGGUCGUGUUGAAAAAGCGCGUCGAGAAAACGGACUCAUUGGCACAGUAGCUGUAUGGGGUUACGGCCAACUUACUGGACAAAGUUCAUCUCCAAACCCUUCCAGGAUCGGGUUUUCGGACGAUGAGGGUUCGGGAAUUGAUUCGCCUACAGGCAAUGGUGACGACACUGCCGUACCUCUACCAGGUGCCGAUGUCACAAAUCAAGACGACGAAGCACAGGUAUCUUCUACUGAGCCAGCAGCUCAUCAGUUCAUAGAAGGGCAAAAGAAGAGUCCAGAGGCAAAGGAGCCCAAUGACCAAUACUUCCAACCGCAAAAUACCUUGAUGCAACUAUGGAGCUAUAUAAGACCAACCGGAAAGCACACUUCGCGCGACAAGAAGAUGUUUAGUCGUAGUCAGACCAUUUACAAGGACGAAGAGGACGAGCAGGCCCCAGCUGAAGCCGAGAGCUCGACGUCAUCACAUACCACACAGCCAAGGAAGCGACCUCAAGCGACCCGUGGUGACUCCAUCGUUGACAACCCCAAAAGCCAUCUAGCACCACCCAAAACUACGAUUUUUGAAUCCGCUGGUGAUCUGAUCAACCCCCCUGUCCCUCCAAUGUCCUGGAUUACCGACCCAUCCACCCGAGCACGCACCAUUUUCCAUGACAGGAUCUACCACCCUGAAGACAUCCCACCGCCGCCAACCAAAAAACCGACACGCAACUUCUCUGGUGCUAGCGCCUCCUCUCAGGCGUCAACAACUGCCGUUGACGAAAGUGUGAUGCGCGUGGAGGAGAAGAUUGCUCGCGCUUAUCACAAGGACCUUUCGUGGCGUAAAGUGCUUGUCAGUCUUGAGCCGGACGCGCACAAUAACAUGAUUGUACGCCGCAUGUUUGCUAACGCGUAUGGUUGGCCUGUGGUAAAGCACCUCUGCGAUACUCACUUCGCAGAUACUUAUUCAGCCAACACCCGGGAUGAAGAAGAACCUGCCCUUGAUCGUGCACAAGCUGUCAACAAACCGAUCAAUGAAGAUGGCGAGCAUGUCAAGGGGCAGGAGAGACUGCAGCCACCUAUUGAGCGUACCGAUAGCGAGAUGAGGGAAGUGGCUGACGAACUAGCGCCACUCAAGCCGCCGAGUCUGAGGAUACCCAAGCGAUCGAAUACAACCGACUCGACCCGUAGUAUAGGCUCGGGCGAUUGGGAUAGCAUCUACUUCAACGAGACUAGCGACGAGGACGACGAAGUAGAUGACCGAAACGCCGUGCAGAAAUUCUUCCAACCCAACAUGCCUAGAAGCCCGCGAAGUCCCGGACCUGUACCGAAGACGCCUGAUGGCAAGGGUACAAGCGAGGCAGACAUCUCUGAUUUUCUCCAUGGAUCCCAUUCAGUUGAAGUUCAUCGGGGCCUUGGCGCAAGCCCAAGCAAAAAGCCAGCGAAACUGACCCGCGAACCGGACUCAAUAGAGCCUGUCGAUGAGGCACCGAAAGUUUUGGAUGAUGCGACAGUAGUAUCCAGUCCGACCGAGACACCUGUAGGCAGGAUCAGUGGAGUAGGGUUGAGAAGUUCGAUCGAUAUCCCAGCAUCGCCAGAGAGUGGCAGGGCCAAGAGCGGAAGCGGUGUCGCUGAACAGGUUGCUAUCCUCAGCAGCCCGAAGAGUAAGGGGGAAUCAGCAGGCUCAUAGUAUGGAGCC